UUAUUAGAUUACCCAAAUCUUUGACUUUCUUGUUCUUCAUCCUAUUAUACAUAUAUACAUCUAUAUCUAUUUUUAUACCAACUCCGGUUUCAACACGUCAAUCCACUCUCCUGCUUAACUUCCACCUCAUCACUACAUGAUUCAAUUCAAUUUCCCCCAAUUAUUGAUGUGUAAUUGAUUGAUUGAUUAAUUGGUUGAUUGAUCAUCUAGGGUUUGUGAUUAAAGGCGAUAAAAGGUGAAACUGUAACGGCGGUUAAAUAUGGGAUCGAAUGGUAAUGUUUAUCAAGAUGUUAUUGAAUCGGGUGGCGAUUAUGGUGUUAAAUCUGCAAAUGUUGAAGGCCGAAGUUGCCUGAGAUUAUGUGGAUCGGCUGGUGCGAGACAUGGAAUGACUUCAAAUAGCGCGGUUCAUGAGUUACUCGAGUGUCCUGUGUGUUUAAGCAUAAUGCACCCUCCAAUUCAUCAAUGUCCAAACGGCCACACCAUAUGCGUUGUCUGUAAAUCUAAAGUGCAAAAUAGCUGCCCGAUAUGCCGGCAAGAGCUUGGAAACAUACGGUGUUUAGCGUUGGAGAAAGUUGCGGAGUCAAUAGAAUUACCAUGCAAAUACCAUUAUUUGGGUUGCCAAGAUAUUUUUCCUUAUCAUAGUAGAAUAAGGCACGAGGAAAAUUGCAAGUAUCGUGGGUAUAAUUGUCCGUAUGCAGGCACAGAAUGCUUUGUCACGGGUGAUAUUCCGUUUCUUGUUGCACACCUUAAGGCUGAGCAUAAUGUUGAUAUGCAUGAUGGAUCCACUUUCAACCACCGUUACGUGAAACCAAAUCCUCAUGAAAUCGAAAAUGCUACAUGGAUGUUGACAAUUUUCAACUGUUACGGGUACCAAUUCUGUUUGCACUUUGAGGCAUUUCAUCUAGGGAUGGCACCCGUUUACAUGGCGUUUUUGCGCUUUAUGGGUGACGAAAACGAUGCCAGCAAAUUCAGUUACAGUCUCGAGGUGGGUGCAAAUGGCAGAAAGCUAAAAUGGCAAGGGGUCCCGCGAAGCAUUCGCGACAGUCACAAAACGGUUAGAGAUAGUCUAGACGGGUUGAUCAUAACAAGAAAUAUAGCAUUGUUCUUUUCCGGCGGUGAUCGGCGGGAGCUGAAGCUGAAAGUGGCCGGCCGGAUAUGGAGAGAACAAACUUAACCACCAUCACCUCCUUCCAACACAGCCAUGGGUUUUUUUUUUUUUUUUUUUUUUUUUUUUGUGUAAAAUAGGAAAGAAAGAAGGGUUGUUGUCUCUUGAGAGGUUAAGUCUCUCUGUAAAGGUUUAGAGAACAUUUUUGCUUUUUGGAUGAUCUUAAACAAGAGGUCACUUUGUUUCAGAAUAUAUAAUUAUAUAUGAUGCUUUUCCUUUGUCUCAA